UGCUCUCAACCCAACUCCUCACACCAUGGCUUGCUGUGCUACUAGCUUCUGUGGAAUUCCCAGCUGUUCCACCAGCGGGAACUGCGGUUCCAGCUGCUGCCAGCCAACCUGUUGCCAGCCAACCUGUUGCCAGCCAAGCUGCUGCCAGACCAGCUGCUGCCAGCCAACCUGCUGCCAGACCAGCUGCUGCCAGCCAACCUGCUGCCAGACCAGCUCCUGCCAGCCAAUCUGCUGUCAGACCAGCUGCUGCCAGCCAAGCUGCUGCCAGACCAGCUCCUGUGGAGCCAGCUGUGGCCAGGAGGGUGGCAGCAGCGCCGGCGCCGUGAGCUGCCGCACCAGGUGGUGCCGCCCAGACUGCCGCGUGGAGGGCACCUGCCUGCCGCCCUGCUGCGUGGUGAGCAGCACGCCCCCAACCUGCUGCCAGCUGCACCAUGCCCAGGCCUCCUGCUGCCGCCCCUCCUACUGUGGGCAGUCCUGCUGCCGCCCGGCCUGCUGCUGCUACUGCUGUGAGCCCCCUUGCAGCCAGCCCAGCUGCUGUGAACCCACCUGCUGCCAGCCCAGCUGCUGUGAGCCCACCUGUUAAUGACCAGGUUGUUGAUUACUCAAGAAUGAAAGGGGAGCAAAGCAAACCUGCUGAUCUCCUAAGAUGUGCUCCUUCCACGUGACCUGUGCCAAGUAUCGCGAUGCUGAUAAACUACUCAUAAAUAACAAAACUCUUUGGCCCCCUGGCUGUGCUGAUUUGGCUCACUGAAAAUAUGGACCAAUCACUGUGCUCUGCACACCCUGCCUUGCUGGAGAGGACACCCCAAAGGGCAGCUCUUCGUUUCAGUGAUAUCUCAGCUCUCUCCCUAGCUCUUGAUCUCUGUGUGGCUUCCAUCUGCUUUCUACUUAAACAGCCCUUAUUACUGUCAAAUAAAACACUCAGAUGUGCAAA